AUGGAUAUCCGGAAACUCGAGAUCCCUUCACAAGUCAACCUUCUCUCCGAUCGAAUCCGCUCCCGAGAACAAGUUUCACUAGAUGCUGAUGAUAUGGCACUGGAGGAUGAUGAAUUAGAUGACGAGGAGGAUCAGAAAGAAUCAGGUUUAGAGGCUUCUGAUGGAAGUUUUGAGAAGCAGAAGUUCUCUAGGGAGCAAAGAGAGCAUAACCGGGCGAUGAAUGUGAAGAGAAAGAGAGACUUUGUCUGUUUAGAGAAAGUUAAUGGAGAGAUGGUUAACAUAUUGGAGGGACUCGAAUUACAUACCGAAGUUUUAAACGCAGCGGAACAACAAAAGAUAGUCGAUAAAGUGUAUGAGCUACAAGAAAAGGGACGAAAAGGAGAGCUAAAGCGUGCAUUUACUCCUCAAGGCAAAGGACGUUCCGCUAUUCAAUUCGGCUGUUGUUUCAAUUACCGUACAAGCAAAGAUGGAAAGCCGUCGGGGAUACUUAGAGAUGAAACUGUGGAUCCGUUACCUUUUCUUUUCAAGGAGAUCAUUAGAAGAUUGGUUAAAUGGCAUGUCUUGCCUCCAGCUUGUGUACCUGAUUGUUGUGUUGUCAACAUUUAUGAUGAAGGUGAUUGCAUACCUCCUCAUGUCGAUAAUCGCGAUUUUCUUCGCCCGUUUUGUACCGUUUCUUUCCUUAGUGAAUGCAAUAUCCUCUUCGGAUCAAACUUGAAAGUUGAGGAAACCGGUGAAUAUUCGGGUGGUUCAUACUCGUUACCGCUUCCUGUUGGAUCAGUGCUUGUGUUAAACGGGAAUGGAGCUGAUGUAGCUAAACAUUGUAUCCCUGAAGUUCCCACGAAAAGAAUAUCAAUCACAUUUAGGAAAAUGGAUGAGUCAAAACGUCCACUCUGGUUCACACCUGAACCUGAUUUGCAUGGGCUUCAGCCAUUGCCAUACGAGCCGAUCAUCUGGCUCCUCUGA